GUCUGUUCGUGCGCUGACAGCCGGGCUCAGCCAGUCGCCAGGAAUUGAGUAGCGUUCUUUGAAUCUGCGGCUUUCAUGACGUCUCCCUGCGUGGUCCAUCACUUUUCUCCUAGCCGGGGAUUUUUUUUUUCCGCCACUCUAGCCUUUUCCCUCUUCCCUCCACCCGGUCUCCCUCCCCCGCCCCUGCCCGAACGCACACCCCUCCGCCCCUCCGUUGGCCCCCGCGCCCAGCCCUCCUCUCCACUCUCGGCCAGAGGGAGCCAGUUUGAAGACGGCCGCACCUGGCCGGAGAGGUUGGGCGGGCGGAGGGGUGGGAUCCGCGGGACCCGGGAAGAUAGACCCAGACCUGGAUGCACCGCGAGGAGAAUGGAGUCUCCUAAAGCCUCCCGGGGCUGAUGUAAAAUUUGACCAUCUGAUUCCAGUUUUCCUUCCCUUUUCUUUUUUUAUUUCCUCCCCUCGCCAUCCAUCGUGUAGUGAAUUAUUAAACCUUGCUCCGUUCCAAGAGGGGAGAUCAUGAUUGAAUGAAGCCACCAAGUCCGCAGCAAGGAAAAGCACAAAGAGGAGAUUUCAACGAUGGCCAAGUUGACAGAAUCCAUGACUAACGUCCUGGAGGGUGACUCCAUGGACCAGGAUGUCGAGAGCCCUGUGGCCAUUCACCAGCCAAAGUUGCCUAAGCAGGCCAGGGAUGACCUGCCAAGACACAUCAGCCGAGACCGGACCAAAAGGAAAAUCCAGAGGUAUGUGCGGAAAGAUGGAAAGUGCAACGUCCACCAUGGCAACGUGAGGGAGACCUAUCGCUACCUGACCGAUAUCUUCACCACCUUAGUAGACCUCAAGUGGAGAUUCAACCUGUUGAUUUUCGUCAUGGUUUACACAGUGACAUGGCUCUUUUUUGGAAUGAUCUGGUGGCUAAUUGCAUACAUCCGAGGAGACAUGGACCACAUAGAGGACCCUUCAUGGACUCCUUGCGUCACCAACCUCAAUGGGUUUGUCUCUGCUUUUUUAUUCUCCAUAGAGACAGAAACCACCAUUGGUUAUGGCUAUCGGGUCAUCACGGACAAGUGCCCAGAGGGAAUUAUUCUCCUCUUAAUCCAAUCUGUUUUGGGGUCCAUUGUCAAUGCAUUCAUGGUGGGAUGCAUGUUUGUAAAAAUAUCUCAACCCAAGAAGAGGGCAGAGACCCUGGUUUUUUCCACCCAUGCGGUGAUUUCCAUGAGGGAUGGGAAACUGUGCCUGAUGUUUCGCGUAGGGGAUCUGAGGAAUUCCCACAUUGUGGAGGCUUCCAUCAGAGCUAAGUUGAUCAAAUCCAAACAGACCUCAGAGGGGGAGUUCAUCCCCUUGAACCAGACGGAUAUCAACGUAGGGUAUUACACUGGCGAUGACCGUCUCUUUCUGGUGUCACCACUCAUCAUUAGCCAUGAAAUUAACCAACAGAGUCCUUUCUGGGAGAUCUCCAAAGCCCAGCUGCCCAAAGAGGAACUGGAAAUCGUAGUCAUCCUAGAAGGCAUGGUGGAAGCUACAGGGAUGACAUGCCAAGCUCGAAGCUCCUACAUCACUAGUGAGAUCCUCUGGGGGUACCGGUUCACCCCUGUUCUGACGCUGGAGGACGGGUUCUACGAAGUCGACUACAACAGCUUCCACGAGACCUACGAGACCAGCACCCCAUCUCUCAGUGCCAAAGAGCUGGCCGAGUUAGCCAGCAGGGCUGAGCUGCCCCUGAGCUGGUCCGUCUCCAGCAAACUCAACCAACACGCAGAACUGGAGACUGAGGAGGAAGAAAAGAACCCUGAGGAGCAGACGGAGAGGAAUGGUGAUGUGGCGAAUCUAGAGAACGAAUCCAAAGUUUAGUCCCCUGGCUGGGCCACCCCUUCUCCUCUCCGCCCACAACCUUCCCUUGUCUCUCAUUCUCUUUCUUUUCUGUCUCUCUUACUUUGUUCUUUCCUUAUAUUGAAGUUUGGCAUUACCAGAAAACAAAUCUUCAAGGUGUAAAAUAUCUACCUGCCCUCUCAGUUAUUCAGAUCGACAAGGCAGAUUCAGAUUGGGUUAAGGUGUCAUGUGCCCUCAUUUGUGACCCAAGCCUGGUCUCCUCCCUGAAUACGACACAUCCAAGUCCUAGAGAUUUCUGCUACUUAGCUGCAUGUGUUGUACAAUACCAGAUCACUCAAAAGAGUGCAUCAAAGAGUCUACCUGGGAUAUGAUGAGGAAGGUCUCUGGUGCCUAUUCAUUCAUGCAGUGAGACAUAGAGUUGAGCCCUCAGUUUUAUACAUCUCAAUAAAUUUCAUCUACAGGGCGAGGUGCUUGCCCUCUGCGGGCAUUGCAUUUAUAGGACCCAGGUGAGGUAAUGACAAAAUACUGUACAUAUAUAUGCCUUAUGUAAUUAUUUUCUUUUGCAGUUAGUAAUAAAACCCAGCAUGUACAAAAGUACUGUAGAACAAAACUUCUAAAUAAUGUACAUAGAUGUAAAAUUAAUGUAGGUUUAGAUAUAUAACUUUAGAAAUAAGAUUAAAAGAAAAAAAAAGGAUUCCCAAAGUACAGUAGGCAUUUCUGUUCUGAUGUCCUGUUUUCUGGAUUUCUUUGGUCCCAUUGACCGCUGGCCCUUUAGUGCAUGGCCUUUGCUCUGUGUCCCAGACUGGCAGCCGUUUGGGUACCUCACUGUUCCCUUUAAUUGAAUCUAAUAAGCCAUAGGUCUGGGAGAAGUUUGGAGGUUCAGUAGAUGGCAAAACACACCACCAGUAUGCUGAUAUACUGUG